AUGCCAAAGAAUCGAGGAUCACACGGUUACACAGGAAAGGUGGAUUACUCCUAUUUCACAGGAAAGGACUGGAUCCGAGGCAUCCGCGGUGGCGGCGGCUCCCCUUCUGCCUCCGGGAACAACCUCAAGACCAGCUGCCGCUGGAUCGUGUUCAGCACGGACUCUGCAGGUGUGCUGGGCGUUGUGCCACUGGAGAGCCGAGAUGGGGACGAGAGGCCCGUUUCCCAGCUGCGUUGCCAUUCAGGUGUGGUGGCCGAUUUUGACUUCUCUCCCUUUGACGAUCAAGUGCUGGCCACGUGCUCUGCCGAGGAAGUUGUGAAGGUCUGGCGCCUCCUGGAUUCCGGUCCGGAUCUCUCCUCUUCCCCCAACGUGGCCUUGGGGCCGGAGGGGGGCCAGGCGGGCGUGGUCCUCUUCCACCCCACGGCAGAUGGCAUCCUGGCCAGCGGGGCUCCGAGGGCAGCGAAGGUGUGGGACGUGGAGCAGCAGCACCCUCUGGCAGAGCUGGAACCCCACGGCGAUCUUCUCCAGAGUCUGGCGUGGAGCCCGGACGGUGCCCUCUUGGGGAGUUCCUGCAAAGACAAAAGGCUGCGGAUCUUUGACCCUCGUGCCGGGCCUGCCGCCUGCCAGUACACCGAGGCCCACGAGAACGGCAGAGACUCCAGGCUGCUCUGGGUGAACGCCAGGGACUCCCUCCUCUCCAUCGGGUUCAAUCAGGUGAGGGAACGGGAGGUGCGGCUCUGGGACAUGCGGGCGUUCCGUGGUUCCGUGGCUUCCGUCACCCUGGACGCAUCCCCCAGGCCCCUGAUGCCGCUCUUCGAUCUCGACACCGGCCUUCUGGUGCUGAUGGGGAAAGGGGAAGACGUGCUCUUCUGCUACGAGGUGCUGCCCGGCCAGCCGGCCCUGACAGAAGUCACCCAGUGCCGGACCGAGAGCAAGGCCCACGGGAUCGCCCGGGUGCCCAAGCUGGCCCUGGACGUCCUGGCCUGCGAAGUGAUCCGGGUCCUGCAGCUCACGGACGGCGCCAUCGUUCCCGUCAGCUACACCGUGCCGCGGAAGUCCAUGCAGGAGUUCCACGAAGACUUGUUCCCCCGCAGCGCUGGAAACGUCCCUGCGGCGUCUGCUCGGGCCUGGUGGGCGGGAGACGAUAGCCAGGUCCAGAGGAUCAGCCUCCACCCAGCCCACCGGCCCAGCGGAGCCUUCACCUCCACCUGCAUCCCAAGCCUCCCCCUGGAAAGCCGGGCCCCAGACGCCCCCCGGACGGAGGAGGACGUGGACAUCAGCGCGGGCAGCGACCUGUCCUCUCCCACCAUCUCCCUGACGUCCCCCUCCAGCACGGCGGCAUCCCUCUCAGCCACUAGCGGCUUCGUCUCCAGCCCCAGCCAGAGGUCCCUGCAGAGCAUUCUGGGCCCCAGCUCCGGUUUCCGCCACCUCCAGGGCUCCGUCCUGCCCCGCGGCACCCACUUCACCAACCUCAAGGGGCUGAACCUGACCACGCCGGGCGAGUGCGACGGCUUCUGCACUAACCGGCAACGCGUGGCUGUCCCGCUGCUCUCUGCAGGAGGGCAGGUGGCCGUCUUGGAGCUGUCCAAGGCGGGACGCCUGCCCGACGCUUCCCUGCCCACCAUUGAGAAUGGCGCCCCCGUCUCCGAUCUGUGCUGGGACCCCUUUGAUCCGGAGCGCCUGGCCAUCGCUGGCGAAGAUGCCAGGAUCCGCCUCUGGCGGAUCACGCCAGGAGGGCUGCAGAAGAGCUUGCUGGAACCGGAGGCCGUGCUGCAAGGUCAUACCGAGAAGAUCUACUCCAUCAAGUUCCACCCGCUGGCGGCGGACCUCCUGGCCUCCUCCUCCUACGACCUAAGCGUCCGCCUCUGGGACCUGCGCUCCGGGAGACAGGCCCUGCUUCUGGGCGGCCACGGGGACCAGAUCUUCAGCCUGGCCUGGAGCCCGAACGGACGCCGCCUGGCCACCGUCUGCAAGGAUGGCAAAGUGCGGGUGUACGAGCCCCGGCGAAGCUCGGAGCCCCUGCAGGAGGGUCCGGGCCCUGAGGGAGGCCGGGGGGCCCGCGUCGUCUGGGUGUGCGGAGGCCAAAACCUGCUGGUGUCGGGCUUCGACAGCCACAGCGAGCGCCAGCUGUCCCUCUACCAAGCGGAGUCCCUGGCCGAGGGGCCCCUGGCACGCCUCAGCCUCGACGUCUCACCCUCCACCCUCAUCCCCUUCCACGACGCGGACACGGGCGUGGUCUUCCUGACGGGCAAGGGCGACACCCGAGUCUUCGUGUACGAGACCAUCCCAGAGGCCCCCUUCUUCCUCGAGUGCAACAGCUUCUUCUCCCACGAGCCCCACAAGGGUUUCCAGUUCCUGCCCAAGUCGGAGUGUGACGUGCGUGAGGUCGAGGUGGCCCGGGCCCUGCGUCUCAGGCAGAGCGCCAUCGAGCCGAUCGCCUUCCGCGUGCCCAGGGUGAAGAAAGAGUUCUUCCAGGAUGACCUUUAUCCAGACACGGAGGUGUGGUGGGAACCCGCCUUGUCGGCCGCCGCCUGGCUCGGGGGCGCAGACGGGCAACACCGCAAGAUCAGCCUUCAGCCCAAAGGGAUGACACCGGUGAGCCAAGCCCCGAAGGACGCUCCCAGCAGGAAAUACGUCCCAUCCUCUGUCUACCUGGAGGAGAAGUCUGACGAGCAGAAGAAAGAGGAGCUGCUCAGCGCUAUGGUGGCCAAGCUGGGCAACCGUGAGGACCCCCUCCCACAGGACUCCUUCGAAGGCGUGGACGAGGCGGAGUGGGCCAAGUACCUGGCCCAGAUCGUCCUGGUGGGUGUGCAGGUGGUGGGCCGGGCGUUUGCCCGGGCUCUGCGGCAGGAGUUUGCAGCCAGCCAAGCGGCCGCGGGUGCCCGAGAGAGCUCCGCGGGGUCUCGUUCUGCGGCAGCCUCCAGCAUCUCCGGGAUCAGCCUCCAGGAGGCCCAGCGGAUACUCAAUGUCUCCGAACUGAACCCAGAGGAAAUCCAGAAGAACUACGAGCAUUUAUUUAAAGUGAACGACAAAUCCGUGGGGGGCUCCUUCUACCUGCAGUCCAAGGUGGUGCGAGCCAAGGAGCGGCUGGACGACGAACUGCAGAUCCAGUCACCCCCGCAUGAACAAGAGGCAGAGCGCAAACCGGACACGUAGCACACCCCCUCCCUCCGAGCACCGUUUAAGUUAUAGCUAACCAAUAAAUUUGCCCUUCUGUAGCUCGUGCCUCUGGGCGUCACGUUCUGUGGGGGGCCUAGGUCAG